CCUCACACACACCGUGUAGUGAGCACUGAUCUUUUACAUAGCUAACGCAAUUGGCGCGAAUCUGAGAAUGCAUCGGAGUGCAGAGUGAAAUUGAUGGAAGUCACAUUAUGUUGAUGCAUUUGGAUGCACACACAAAACGAUUAGGGGACAUUGCCUUAUUUAUUAGACUGGGCACUGGGGGAAGAAGGGGGGAGGAUAAUUGCAAAUCCCAAUGCAGUUGAAUCCAGUCCGAUGUUGCCAUCCAACCCGCUCAACGUGAGGAUGGCCAGCAGAGAGCGAUGGGUAUCGCGAGGUUUCGUUGCCUUUAGUCCUAUUACGGGCCAAUGAGAGGGGAGGGCUGGGAAAGUUGCCUGUUUGCAGCACAGCAGAGAUUGCUGCAAAAGGUGCUCGUUUUUAAAGGCGCAGACCCACCGUUUUCCACCAUCAUUUGGCAAUCAGUGAAAAUUUUAUGUACGCUCGCCAAUUUAUAAACGGGAUCAAUUUUUGUUUUGCGAGUCGUGCCAGGUAAAUACUGUAAUCAAGAGGCUGUAUAUGCCCGGCGUGUGCCAUUUUGAUAGAGAACCUUGUUUAAAGCAGGGUUUUUUUUAUUUGAAGAGCAAAUUGUAAAAAAAAAAAAUGGAGUUCCAAAAUGUCUUCUUCAGUUUAUGGACUCUUUCUUUGGACUACCUAUGAAAAAUGCAAAGAAGUUUGAAAUUUCACUGAUUGUAAGUCGUGAUGGUUUGAAAUGUAGUUGGAGUUUUGGCUUUGAAAAAGUUACUGUGCGCUAAACCCACGUUUUUCAGGUUGGGGCCUGUAGCUAAUAGCGUUUUCCCUGUUCUUUUGCAAUAUCUAGGAGAAGCGGUGCUAGAGAACGAAACGGUUCUUGGUGCACUUUCAGUUACUUUCCCCCACGUUUUUUUUAAUUUGCACCCAGUUGAUCUUUACAUUUUGUUCCCGACCCAGGUAUUUGUUUGAGUAUGUGGAGCCUUUUCUUAGUUCCAUAAAUACAGGAGUAUAUCUAGCUUUUUUUCUUCUUGAAGCGUGAUGCGAUUACUUUGUAAAUCCAAGUCCUUUCCCAAGGGUUUGAGUUAUGUAUAAUGUAUGAAUGGCAUGAUAUUAGAUACAGUGAUAGAUCGGUUAUUGAUAUAGUUUAACAUAUAUACGUGGAACACGUUGGGGUUGAUAUUCUCGCCAUUUUCAUUUUAAGUUGUUGCUGAGAAUGGAUCCCAGUGAGCUUCCAGGGCCUCUAAACUCAUUCCAGCUGGCCAAUGAAGCCUUGAGAAAGGAUCUCCUGUCUGCUCCAACCAGCAUGGCGGCCUCCGGAAGCGACUUAAUGGGACUGGAGGAAUACAGUUUUGAAUCCCCCACGCCUGAGACGUCCACACUGACGCAGUCUGAAAGGGUCAGGCAAAAAACCCAGGACAGUCUAAGCAUACUGGAGAAGCCCGACUCACUCGAGCUGUCUAAAACGCAAGUGGAGGAGUUUUAUAACAAGGUCUUUCCAGAGCAGGCUGGGUCAUCUUCCGAGCCCUGGCAGAUAGAAGUGCCGAAAAGGGACAACGAUGACCCUGCAACACCCAAGGAAGCAGAGCCGGGCGACGUGAACAUGGAAAAUGUGCAGCCCGAAACGGACCGCCGCGCGAUGGAGUCCGAGCCUUUGCCUCCAACGGGAGACGAAGCAGAUGCCGAGGCAUCCUUGGAAUGCAAAAAAGAGCCCGGAAAUCCCGAAGAAGGACGUCAAACUCCUCCAUCUUUGUCCCCAUUUGUGUGUAAUGCAGACAUGCCUUUGGCUCCCAAGAAGGAGUCUUUGCAGAGGGACGAUCUGUCCAAAGAACAGGAGCAGGACAUGGAUGUCCAAAUGAAGAGCCCAGAGGCAGAAACUGGCCAAGCAAAGGAUCCAGAAGAAGCAGCAGUUGCAUAUCCUGACACUUUAGCUGAAAACCAAACCACUAAAUCGACUAUAACUGAGAAUCUGGCAAAGGUGAAGUCUGAAGUUGAUGAUAUGGCAGCAGGCGGCAGUAAAUACAAGGAAACUAGGGAAGACCAAGCAGAAACAGGAGAGAUGGAAGCUAAGGAAAAAGAUGAACCUGCAGCCUCAAGCCAAAGUGAAAACUCUUGUGAUGUUUCAGACAAGCCACAAGAAAAGAUGGAAUUUAGAAGAGCAGAACGUCUAAGAAGAGUAGAAUCAUUGAAAAGUACAUCUCAGAAUCCACUGAUCAUUUCAGAUACUGCCCAGCUAUCUGAUGAUGACUCGGAUGCCAUGGUGGAUGAUCCCAAAGACGAAGACUUUGAUCCACACGCAGCCCCCCGACGCUCCCUGCGCACGCCCCUGCGGACUCAGAGGGUCAUGCCCCCUCGGAUUCAGAGGGCCCAGCCUACUGUCCACACGGCUGCCCAGUGCACGCCGGCGUCUCAUCCGCCCAACACCGCGCGCGGGGCGUCGCACAACGCACCGCCCAGCAACACCCCCAGCCAGGGUCAGACACAAGGCACUCCCCACAGCAACGCCCACUGCCAGAAUCAGACACCCGGCGCUCCUCAGAGCACACCGCGGCCGCAGACGAAGAUGCACUGUGCCAACUGCAAAGCCCCCCUGCAGAAGGGACAGACAGCCUACCAGAGGAAGGGCAUGCCCCAGCUGUUCUGUUCCUCUGCAUGUCUCUCAGCCUUCUCCAAGAAACCCCCGAGGAAAAAGCCUUGCGUGUUUUGUAAAAAGGAUAUCGGGAAUACUAAAGACUGUGUUGUUGCACAGACAGGGCCAACAAAUUCUUUCCAGGAGUUCUGUAACAAUGCCUGCCUUUCUCUUUAUGAAGCUCAGUUUCAAAAGAGCACCCCACAGACAGUUGAUCCUUCUGCUCCAAGGUGUAGCAUCUGUCAUAAAGCAGGAGAGAUUCUACAUGAAGUGAGUAAUGGUAACAUGGUUCACCACUUGUGUAGUGAUGCCUGUUUUACCAAGUUCAGAGCUACAAAGGGCCUGAAGACUAGCUGCUGUGACAACUGUGGACUCUACAUCUAUAAUAAGGGUUCCCGAUUGGAGUACCUAUUUCAUGAGGGACAGCAAAAACGAUUUUGUAAUACCUCAUGUUUAACAAUUUAUAAAAAGAAAAACACCAAAGUUUUUCCAUGUACAUGGUGCAAGACUCUUUGUAAGAAUUUUGACAUGCUCUCAAAUGUGGAUCGGAAUGGGAAGAUGGUUCUUUUUUGUUCUGUUUGCUGUGUAAUGUCAUAUAAAGUGAAGACCUCAGGACCUAUAGGUCCUGUAAGGCCGUGUAGCUUCUGUAGACGCAGUCUUUCUGAGCCAACAUAUUACAACAAGAUCAAUCGGGUCAUUUAUCAGUUCUGUAGCCCUACCUGCUGGACUAAAUUUCAGAAAAAUAGUCCUGAAGGUGACAUUCAUUUAAGUUGCCACUCCUGCCACAAUCUUUUUAAUGGGAAGCCUGAAGUCCUAGAAUGGCAGGAUUCUAUUUACCAGUUCUGCUGUAAGGAGUGCUGUGAAGAUUACAAGCGUCUUCAUGGAGUCGUGUCUGUCUGUGAACACUGCAAGCAGGAGAAACUUCUGCACGAGAAAAUCAAAUUUUCGGGAGUCGAGAAGAAUUUCUGUAGUGAAGGCUGCAUUUUACUGUACAAGCAAGAUUUCACAAAGAAUUUGGGGCUUUGUUGUAUAACUUGUACAUACUGCUCUCAGACAUGUAAAAGAGCAGUCACUGAAGAGCUAGAUGGCAAUACAUGGGAUUUUUGUAGCGAGGACUGUAAAAGUAAAUAUCUCCUGUGGUACUUAAAGGCAGCUAGAUGCCAUGCCUGCAAACGGCAAGGGAAGCUUUUGGAAACAAUACACUGGCGUGGAGAGAUCAAACAUUACUGCAACCAGCAGUGUCUCCUGCGCUUUUACAGUCAGCAAAAUCAGCCCAAUCUGGACACGCAGAAGGGUCCUGAGAGCCUGCUCAAUAGUCAGUCACCAGAGUCUAAAACACCCUCACCUACAGCAAAGAAAUUUGAACCUGCAGGAAACACACAUGCACCCCAGCUGUCCCCUUCACCCCCACCUCCCCCUGUCACGCCCACCACACCCCGUAAGAACAAGUCUGCCAUGUGCAAGCCACUGAUGGAGAACAGGGGAACCUCCUGCAGGCCCGAGAUGAAGUCAAAGGGUUGCCAAACGGAGGAUUUCUUGAACACAAAGCUGGUUGUACUCCCCGUCCCAGUUCCUGUUUUCAUCCCAGUGCCUAUGCAUAUGUACUGUCAGCAAACACCAGUGCCUUUCACCAUGCCUAUUCCAGUCCCAGUCCCCAUGUUUCUUCCAACCACCCUUGAGAGUGCAGAUAAGAUAGUAGAAACAAUUGAAGAACUUAAAGUUAAAAUACCGUCAAAUCCACUGGAGGCUGACAUUCUCGCUAUGGCUGAGAUGAUCGCUGAGGCUGAAGAGAUGGAUAAAGCGUCAUCUGAUCUUUGUGCAGAUCUUGCCAGUAAUCACAGCGCAGAAGGGCUGCUGGAGGACUGUGAUCUGUUUGGGCCGGCCCGAGACGACGUUCUCGCUAUGGCGGUCAAAAUGGCAAACGUGUUGGAUGAACCAGGUCAAGACUUGGAGGCCGAUUUCCCCAAAAAUCCUCUAGAUCUGAAUCCUAGCGUCGAUUUUCUUUUCGAUUGUGGACUUGUGACACCAGAAGAAGUGAAUUCAGAGCACGAGCUUCCCAGGGCUGUACGAAAGGGGUCAAAGAGGAUCAUGCUGUCAGAGAGCUGUUCGAGGGACUCAAUGAGCAGUCAGUCAGGGUGUACGGGAUUAAAUUAUACCUACGGAGUGAAUGCCUGGAAGUACUGGGUUCAGACAAAACAUUCUGGAAAUGAAAGUGGAAAAAGCGAAGAGCUUAGAUUUGGACCAAAACCGAUGCGAAUCAAAGAGGACAUUCUGUCUUGUACUGCUGCUGAGCUGAAUUAUGGACUAGCACAGUUUGUAAAGGAAAUUGCUCGACCUAAUGGAGAAAGAUAUGAACCAGAUAGUAUAUACUACCUGUGCCUUGGAAUUCAGCAGUAUCUCCUGGAGAAUAACCGGAUGGUCAACAUCUUUACUGAUCUGUACUACCUGACAUUUAUACAGGAACUAAAUAAGAUACUAAGUGGAUGGCAACCUGGGAUAUCGCCUAAUGGUACAAUAUUAUCUCGAGUGGAAGAAGAGCACCUAUGGGACUGUAAGCAGCUGGGGGUGUACUCUCCCUUUGUCUUGCUCAAUACCCUGAUGUUCUUCAACACCAAGUACUUCCGAAUGAGGACGGUGGAGGAGCACAUCCAGCUGUCCUUCACCAAUGUUGUGCGGCAGUCGAGAAAGUGCUCCACUCCGCGGGGCGUCGUGAAGGUGGUCAGUGUUCGCUACUGGCCCCCAGCUCGCAACAAGAAAUCUAAAGAGAGCAGCAUGGGAAAAAGGAAACGCGAAGAAGAGCUUUCUGAGCUGGAGCAGCGGGAAAACAGGAUGAACCCUCUGAGAUGCCCUGUGAAAUUCUUCGAAUUCUACCUUUCAAAAUGCCCGGAUAGCAUGAGGAACAGAAACGAUGUGUUCUACUUGCAACCAGAGCGCUCCUGCAUCGCGGAGAGUCCUCUGUGGUACUCGGUCAUUCCUAUGGACAGGAGCAUGCUGGAGAGCAUGCUGAACAGGAUCUUGGCAGUGAAGGAGAUCUAUGAAGACCAUUCCAGAGAGACACUUGAUGAUGACAUUGACUGAUUGACGUGCCCUAAUCACCUUUAUUUUCCCUUCAUAUCAAUUGCACUGUACUCUGAACCUGUAAAUAAUUAGUUGGCCAGUAUUUGGAGGAAAAGUUUUACUGUACUCUGUGUUGUGGCAGGGCUCCAGGAACUCUUAGGAAACAACAGAAAGAAAACCCUUUAUGUUAGAGGGGAACGUACAUAAGUACUAUAUAUAUUUUAUAUGAAAUUGGCCUUGAUCUUCCAGUGACAGUAUCAUAGUGAACAUUGCUGGCUAUUUGUUGGUGUGGUGGGUGCAGUUUAUUACUGUUUAUCUGUCGGCCAUACUGACAUACUUUAUAAUUGCACAUUUUUCUUUCCUAACUGUUUAGUUUCACCCUCACUUAAUUUAAGAUGCUAUUCAUAAAUGCACGUUUUUAAUUGGUAUUGUAUCUGUAUUGACCCUCUCACUUUUAAUGCGGUGUGCCUGAUCUGUACAGCAUAAGUUUGAAAAGGUCUUGGCCAUCUAAUAAGGCUUGUUUCACUGAGCAUUAAAAGAAAAGUCUGUUAGGCUUCAACCUUUCAAGUUUUCAUUUUUACUCUUUAUGACCUUGAGCUGCACAGCAUUAGGAUUAACUUUCAUUUCCACCUUCACAGUUUUUAUGUUGACUUUAGGUUUAAAAUUCAAGUCCUAUGGAACGAUUAAAUAAACAUUUAACAGAACAUUAUGAAAAGGUUACAUUUCAAGCAAUUUGAUGAUUUAAAGUGAUUUCUUGAGUUGUGUGACAGGAAGGGCUAAAACACUAGAGAUGUAUCCUCUUACAUUGCUUCCCAGUCCCAGGCUAUGACAUGUUUUGCUCAAGCUGAGCACUUGAUUAUUUCAUGGCAACAGAUAAUUAUUUCCUUUAGCCCUCUUUAAGUUUUCAGUUCUGGAAAUGUUCAAUUACUUUAUUUUAUGUGAAACUCUUCAUUAUGAGACUUCACCUUUUCAGGAUCGGAAAAACGGUGAAUUGAUCAGAAUAUUCAAAUGGUAGCCUCCAGACAGGAAAAAAAAAAUAUUGGUAAUUGGGAUCACUAGGACUGGGAUUAGAACAGAAGUUUAUUGUCUUGAGAACUGAAAAAAUGAAGAUUCUCUCUGUGAAGUUUAUAUCUUUUUUUUUCUAAAUAUUUUAGACUCUUUUAAAAAUGUAUUUUUUGUUAUAAACCGUCCCAAAGUGGAAUUGCCGGUUGUGUGUUUAUUGCAUUUGGACUCUGGUUUACAAACACUGCAAGCACACAGGGGCUGCUCGGUCCUGUGCAAGGGUUUUAACACUGAUGGGAGGAAGUGUGUCUUUUUCAUUGUCGGCACCACAGACCUACAAGUGUCAGAGGUGCUUGUGAGGAUCGUUGUGUUGCUGUGAACAAAAAACUAAUCCCACUCUACUCACUGCUAAUGCACACUACUGCUUAGGGACUCUUGCCAGCUGCUGACUGGACACAGACUCAGACCUGCAGUACCUGGAUCGUAGCCUUCAUCCUACAGCUGGGCGUGACCAUUUCCUAUGCCACUUCGGAGUCCUGCGAUUUACUUGUGCUACUCCACUACAAUUUAAUAGCUUCCUGGCUAAAGUGGCGUCUUAUUUACUUAAUUAGUCUUCUUUAAUUUGCUAAGAAUGUUACAAAAUGAAAUAGAAUUUGUCUUUUGCCUUAUAAUUUAGUUGCUUUUGAUUUCAGAUCAAAAAGAAGUAUUUUUCUCAUGCUGCAACGUAGGAAACCUUUUCCAUCUAACCUGAUGCACUCGCUCAACAUUUUAAAUUUCAUCUCAAGCUUAGAAAGUCUUCCUGCUAUAUGUUAAUCUUCAAAUGACAUCUAUAUGUAAAUCUGCUUCUCUGCAGACAAGCUAUACUGUAAAGGUAACAAAUACAAGAUUUGGAAUUACGUGAAACAGCAUGCCUUAAUUACUGCAGUAUAGACGUUUGUGAAAAGUACAGGGGAUUUUUAUAUUCUCAAGAUUCAUAAGGAGGUGGCCUUAAGACCAAGCUCUCCUUCAUAAUUAAAAAGUGAGGACAAGCAGAAAGAUUUGUUCUGAUUUUCAUUCCUCAUCUAGUUUGUGAUUCAUGUGGAAAUGUGUUGAGAAACCUAUACAGCAUAAAAAACUUGGACAUCAUAUGUCUCUUUGGGUUGAAUGUAUAUUUCACGUUAUUCAUAAGAACAGCUUUAUUGUGUUACCACAGUCAUGUUGUUGUUCUACAUUAUAAAAGCUUAAAUGUACUCUUCUUUUUUAAAAGAGUAGAGAAUAUCCUUUUAAAAACAUUGUUUUGUUUUUUUUUUACUAUUAUAUAACCCUAACCCCGUUUUUAUCUAGGUAAGUACAGUCCUAAUGGUGAUAAGAUGAAGAGAAAAUUAUAUGCUGUUUCAGUUUCAGACUAAGGCUUUUAUUCUUGCAAAACAAACCUGCAAAAUCCUGAGGUUUGGGGCAAGUAUAUUAUCCUACGCAAUAUUACUACAAAAACUGGUUCAGUAACGUCUUGUUACUUUUUCUUUCUUCUGAACUGCAGUGGCCCUGUGAAUUAUCAGGUUCCAGGUUGUUGGCUUAAUGACUUCAAAUAAAAUGUUGUGAUUGUGUUAUACAGAUCUUAUGAAAUCACUAUAAUUCCUGUUCUUAUUGUUUCUAGCUGUAAAUUUCAAAAUCCUAUAAACAUGCAUAAGAGCGCAUUCGUGUUUAGAUUCUGUGGUACCGAUGUACUCAUUAUAAUAAGCUUUAUGAAAAUUCAGGAAUUGUACACUUAAAGGAAAGUAUAAAUAUACAAUGAGAUAGAUUUCACAUCAUAUAAAUAUGGGUUUCUGUAACACUAAGAAGCAAUGCUAAGCAGUAUGUUCAGUAAUAGUUCCUUUACAGUAUUUGAAUUUGCUUAAAAAUUCAGGCAACGUUCCAGAAUCCCUCCCCACCCAACUUACUAAAGUUGAUCUCUGUAUCGUGACCUCAGUAGUAUACCUGAAGGUUCAGGAAAUGGAUUGUGUUUUUUAUUUGAAUGGCCUUAACUGGAUUUUUUCAGUGUUAUUCAUCACUUCAUUUUUACUGUUGCAACAGUAUGGCAUAACGAACAGCAGGGUCUAAGACAGGAUGGCAGUGUUGCCAUUUGUGGUAAAGCCUAGGUUCAGAGUAGUGCGACCUUCUGCCCAUGCAUCUCUUGAGCUGCUGUGAUACUAUAGUAGUAAAAUGUGCAUCUUGUGAUUAAAAGGUCUUUCAUUUAAAAAGAUGUGUACAAAGUGUCUUAUAAAAUGUAGAUGACAAGUGAACUUGCAGGCAAUAAGCUUUGUAAUGAACAUAUGUAAUUAAAUGAUUUCAGAGCAAUUACUUUUGUUAUACGUUUUAGUCUAACCUACCAAAACAUGAAGUACGGUAGCACCUUUUUUAACCGAUAUUGUUUUUCUCAUUGAGAAAGUAUCAUAUAACAGCAUUUGAUUUAGUGUCCAGUUUUGCAUGGAAGCAUUUUUUUAAAUACAAAAUUCAAAGUAUACACUAUAUGUAUAAAUAUAUAUAUACACACCCUCUUUUUUUAAAAAGAGGGAGGCUUAGGAAAGAUUCAGAUUUUUCAGUUGAUGAUUGGAAUGUUGUUUCUCAAAAUAGUUUUAUUUUGUUUAAGCAGGCAUAUUUCUGUGCUUACGACUGUAAAUAUUUGUAUUUGUCAACUGUCUUGGCUUUUGACAUGUUUAGUAACUGUUUGGUGCAUAUUUCUAAAUCCCAUUUACUGUAAAAACACUCUGCUGUUGUAGUGAGAAAGUACUGUUACAACUAGCCACGUCUCUAGAUCCUAACUGAAAUAAAACUGUGUUACUAUAUAAGUUUU